AUGUCCACCCUAGACCAAUCUUUUGUUAAAAACUCUUCCUGGAAACCCGAUCUUUUCAAGGGUAAGGUUGUUUUUGUCACUGGUGGUGCUGGUACUAUCUGUCGUGUUCAAACGGAAGCUUUGGUUCUUCUUGGAGCCAAUGCUGCUAUCUUAGGAAGAAACGCAGAAAAGACUAAGAAGGCUGCUGCUGAAAUACAAGCUCUCCGUCCUGGAUCAACAGUGCUUGGUCUUGGUAACAUAGAUGUAAGAGAUGUGAAUGCUCUUGUGGGAGCUGCCAAGGAAACUGUAGACAAAUUGGGCCGCAUUGAUUUUGUGAUUGCUGGGGCUGCUGGUAACUUCUUAUCUGAUUUCAACCAUUUAUCUUCGAAUGCGUUUAAAUCAGUAAUUUCAAUUGAUUUGUUGGGUUCAUACAACACUGUAAAGGCCACUUUUGAACAACUUCGUAAAAAUAAAGGUGCGAUUUUAUUUGUUAGUGCAACUUUACAUUAUUAUGGUGUUCCCUUCCAACUGCAUGUUGGUGCUGCAAAGGCCGGUAUAGAUGCUCUUUCUAAUGCUUUGGCAGUUGAAUUGGGCCCUCUUGGUAUUCGUUCCAACUGUAUUGCUCCUGGUAUGAUUGAUGGUACUGAAGGUAUGGCCAGAUUAACUCCUCCAGGAUCUGAACCAUUGGAAAGAAAAGUUCCAUUGCAAAGACUUGGGAAGACUAGAGAUAUUGCUGAGGCCACUGUUUAUCUCUUUUCACCAGCUGCUGAAUAUGUUUCCGGUACCAUACAGGUUGUGGACGGUGCUGCAUGGCACAUUGGUGGACUUAUGGGAAGCAUGUACCCUGGUGCAGUAAUCAAGCAAGGUAACGACACCCCAAAGUUGUAG